AUGUUAAAGAAUCUGGGCAAAAAAAAGAGGUCUAUACUGAGUUCAUUUGCAGGGCUUAUCGGCUCCUCUGCUUUCGUGGAGAUGAUAAGAAUGUUUCAAACUGGUGGGUCUUUCGUAGGAGUUUACCGAGGCACAAGCAAGGAUGUCUUCGGGGAGUCUGUUCUGUGGCUAAUUGUUGGACUUGACGCUAAAGAAUCAUUUAGUCGCGGUUUCAAAGCAAUCUCUUUUUUAAUAUUUCAAACGCUGUAAUAAAAAGAAACAAUUACAACAAAAACGGACACUAGCCUUUAAACAUUAUACUUUGAUAAACCUUUGAGGGAAUAAUAAUGUUUUUAAGCAAAAAUGAAAAAAAAAAGGAUCAUUUUAGAUUGAAGACAUAUCAGGAUUUUAAAAAAGGAAAAAACGUUUAAAAUCCUAUCAAAAGUUUUUUGCUUGGUUGUUUUUGUUUUUUGAAAACUCAAACCGUGAGAUGGAUCAGGUAGUGAAGACUCACCUAACACCCUUCUAGAUAAAUUCCCUUAACAUCUGGCAUCUGACCCGUAAAUCUUCUUCUAGGGUCAAAUGUUCUCUCUGCAAAUUCGUUUAAAGAACAUCUUGAUAUAUCAAGAUCACGCGCUCAAGCUGGUCUCUUCAACUUCUCUUUGGAUGAUAUUACAGUUUAUAGGUUAACCCUUUAACUCCCAUGGGUGACCGAGACAGACUUUCUCCUUACAGUAUCAAUAUGAUAUCAAGCAGACAAGUAAUGGGAAAACAAAAGAAGAUGUCAAUGAGGGUAUUAUUGGUUAGUCCUACACCAAAUUCUCCUAACUAACAUCAUAGGAAUUAUAUGACAGACAUAAAAGAGAAUUACUAAAGAGAUCUUAGGAGUAAAAGGAUUAACGAACUCUGAGAGUUAAAUCUAAUAAAUACAUGGACAAAUAGGAAAAAUGAUGGAAAUUUCCCAUGAUAAGACCUUACAAGAUACGCACUAAAUUCCUAUGUGAACUUCUUUGCAGAUGGCGUCCUCUGUUUCAAUAUAAGGAAAGAGGAAUUAGAACACUAUCAAGAAAUGAUGACAGAGCUGGAGAAAGAUGGCGAUUGGAUAUGCAUGUGCAAAGAGUCUUCACAUUUCUAUGCAGCCGAGGACAUGCCCAGUGAAUGCUGGGGGUUCGUUUACAAAGUUUCGAAGAACUAA